AUGGCUGUCUCACGUGCUGCUUCACGACUGUCACCUUUAAAUUCAGCACUGCUGAUCUGUGAUAUCCAAGAGAAGUUCAGGCCCAGUAUCAAAUAUUUUGAAGAAAUUAUUCACAUCAGCAAACGUCUCAUUGUCGCUGCAAAACUUCUUGAUAUGAAAGUUAUUGCUACUGAACAGUAUCCAAAAGGGCUUGGACAUACAGUGCCUGAAUUGGACCUAGACAAAUAUAAUAUACCAAUUUUUGAGAAGAAAAGAUUCAGUAUGUGUAUUCCACCUGUGACUGAAAUGCUUGAAUCAUCUCAGUCUGUGAUAUUAUGUGGCAUUGAAACGCAUGUAUGUGUUUUACAUACAGCCCUUGAUAUGCUCGAAAAAGGAAUUGCUGUACAUGUUGUUGCGGAUGCUGUCUCAUCUCGUUCACAGACUGACAGAAUGUUUGGCUUACGACAAAUGGAAGUUGCCGGCGCUGUUUUGACAACCAGUGAAUGUGCCAUUCUCAGUUUGUUAAAAGGCGCAGACCAUCCGAAAUUCCGUGAAGUACAGAAAACAAUCAUAGAGCUUGCACCGGAUACUGGUCUAUUGCAGUACCCAUCAUGA